AUGAAUUCAACAACUGGACAAGGGCAAGCAUCGUGCAGAGGCUGCGGAGAUGACCACUCAUAUCAACCAAUCGCAGUCAUCGGGAUGGCCAUGCGAUUGCCGGGGGGUGUCCGAAGUGGCGAGGAGUUUUGGGAAAUGCUGGUAGAAAAACGUGAUGGUCUCUGUGAGGUGCCUCCCUCGCGCUGCUCGAGGGAGGCAUCCAACAAUCCCGAUCGCGGGAGUUCGAAUGAAGUCAGAAAAGGGUUCUUCUUGCAGGAAGAUCCUGCUUACUUUGACACGUCUUUCUUUUCUGUUCCUCCCCAGGAGGCUGGGAAACUGGAUCCACAGCAAAGACUCUUGAUGGAAGUUGUCCGAGAGUGUUUAGAAAACGCUGGGGAGACCAAGUGGCGUGAUGAGAAAGUGGGUUGUUUUGUUGGCGUUUUUGGUGAAGAUUGGCUGGAGAUGUCGCAUAAGGACUUGCAGGAUGUUGGCCAAAUCUAUCCCAUUGCAACAGGUGGAUUCGCGCUUGCAAAUCAAAUAUCGUAUCGAUUUGACUUGCAUGGUCCGAGCAUGACAAUACAAACGGCCUGCUCCUCCUCGUUGGUCAGCCUUCAUGAGGCCUGUCAGGCACUCCUGUCCAAUGAAUGUUCAACAGCCCUAGUGGGUGGGACAAGCUUGAUAUGGAGUCCAACAAUGACUGAUUCACUUAACAAAAGCUUGGUCUUAUCCCCAAGUGGAAUCUCUCAUACCUUUGAUGUCGAUGCCGAUGGAUAUGGGAGGGGUGAAGCAAUCAAUUGCCUUUAUCUCAAACUAUUAAAGGAUGCCCUUCGCGACAAUGAUCCGAUCCGUGCUGUCAUUCGCUCAACAGUCACUAACCACGAUGGCAAGACCCCGAACUUUACUAAUCCAUGUCCGAUAUCACAAGAGAAGUUGAUCCGCCAUGCAUAUAAGAUUGCAGGGAUUGAAUCUAUCGACUCAACACCCGUCUUCGAAUGUCAUGGUACUGGGACUGCGGUUGGCGACGUGAUCGAAACAUCGGUUGUUGCAAUGUUGACAGAAGAAAAAGAGACAUGGAUCUCCGCAGUAAAACCCAAUGUCGGCCACUCGGAGGGCGCAUCUGGUAUCACCAGCAUCAUCAAAGCCAUUCUAUCACUCGAGUACAAAACAAUUCCACCUAAUAUUCAUUUCCAGACACCGAACCCCAAAAUUCCAUUCGCCGACGGAAAGCUGCAUGUACCCGUGGAGCCUAUCCCGUGGCCCGACCACAGACCUGAAAGGAUCAGCGUCAACUCUUUCGGCAUCGGUGGCUCAAAUGCUCAUGUGAUACUAGAGUCUGCCUCAACAAUCAUUUCGAAGCCCAUACCAAUAUCUGUGGACUAUCGCAAUGACCCACAACUCCUGGUUGUAUCUGCGCAUACUGCCGAUACUCUUCGCAAACGGAUUCACCAAGUCACCACGUACACCAACACUCACCCUGACCGCUUGUGUGACCUAGCCCAUACCCUAGGCUGUCGAAGAGAACACCUAACACACAGAGCGUUUGCGGUUUUGCAGUCUGAUACCCAGGUUCUGGAGGAGACAGCAUUCACGAGUUUCAACUCAACGGCGCCCCAUGUCACAUUCGUGUUUACUGGCCAGGGAUCUCAGUGGCCGGGGAUGGGAAAAGGAUUGAUCUCCAACUUUCCAAAAUUCAAGCAAGCCAUCAAGUCAAUGGAUGAAGCUUUGCAACAGCUGCGAGAUUAUCCGAGUUGGCUAAUCUACGAUGAGCUUAGCAAGGAAGGCCCGGACUCAAGAAUACAUGAAGCCGAGUAUUCUCAGCCUCUUUGUGUCGCUCUUCAGAUUGGUAUCGUCAACAUUCUUGCCAGCUGGGGGAUAUGUCCCUCUACAGUAGUCGGGCAUUCCAGCGGGGAGAUUGUGGCUGCAUAUGCCGCCCGGGCUAUUUCGAUGAGAACGGCGAUAAUCUUGGCAUACUAUCGGGGUAAAGUGGCCAAGUCGUUGGAGGGAUUGGGUGCCAUGGUGGCAGUUGGUCUUUCCCCCGAGGAAGUGCUCCCUUUCCUCACCCCUGGAGUGGUCGUUGCCUGCCACAACAGUCCUCACAGUGUCACUCUCUCCGGGGAUAAAGAAUCAGUGAAUCAAGCGGUUAUUAAAAUCAAGGCAGCAAGUUCGGAUACGCUUUGUCGGCAAUUGCCUGUUCAAACCGCGUAUCACUCGGAUCACAUGAAGCAUAUCGGACUCGAGUAUCAGCUCUCGAUAGCUAGCCAGAUUGAACAUGAACAAGACAUGCUGCCGUUUUUCUCUAGUGUCACCGGUCAAAUAAUCACUGACCCUCGUGGGCUCGACGCGUUGUACUGGCGACGGAAUUUGGAGUCACCAGUGCUAUUUACUGAGGCGAUACAGAGUGUGCCUGCUGGUGGAGCCUCUGUGUUUUUGGAGAUUGGCCCACACUCAGCCCUUGCCGCCCCUCUGCGACAAAUUUUCCGAACGUUGGCGGGAAGGUCUCCAAUAUAUAUUCCCACCGUUUUUCGCUAUGACGACAACGCCAAGAGCCAGCUACUCAGGACUGCCGGGCAGGCCUUUGCCAGUGGAAUCCCUGUCAACCUUUCCGCCAUUAUUGGAAGAGGGAAGACUUUAACCGACAUCCCCCCUUAUCCUUGGCAGCAUGACCGUCCCUAUUGGACCGAGAGCCGGACCAGUCGAGAUUGGAGGCAACGCAAAUAUCCACACCAUGAGAUUCUUGGUUCUCGUGUCGUUGAAACAACUGAUGAUGAUCCUUCUUGGCGCAACCACCUCACAACAGAUGACGUGCCAUGGCUUCUGGACCAUGUGAUUCAGGGGACAGUCACAUUCCCCGGUGCCGGCUUUGUUGCAAUGGCAGGAGAAGCAGUCCAGCAGCUUGAAACGACCAAGGAUGGCUACUCCGUGCGUCAUGUGGCAUUGAUAAUGCCAAUACUGUUCCACGAAGGCGAGCAGAUUGAGGUGGUCACAAGUCUCAGUCCGAUCGAAGUGGCCGACAGAAUUCCAUCUGGCUGGUAUAGGUUCAAGAUCAUGACUCAUGAUGGAGAACGAUGGAAGAUGCACUGUGAAGGCCAAGUCAGAGCUGGCAUCGAACGUACACCUAAAGUUUCACCAAUAUGCUCUUACGCAAGACUGGUUCCAUCGGAAGGAGUAUAUCAUGUUCUUCAACGCUGUGGUAUAGAGUAUGGUACUCAAUUCCGGGGUCUUGAAAAUAUAACAGCUGACCCCACUGGUCCGAGGGCAACUGCCACAGUCAUGGGCAAUCGUGGAAUCCCUGGAAGCAGAUAUACACUACAUCCCGCUGCAAUUGAUCAAUGUCUUCAAUUGAUGGGAAUUGCCGGUUCCCGGGGAUCCCUUAGACACCUCACUUCUAUUUAUGUUCCAGCCGCCAUAGAAAACAUGGUCGUCAAACCCGGGGGACCAUGUCUCAGGGCAACUGCCCAAACACAACUCAGUGUUCGAGACGGCCAAUUGGGCAGCACCACUGCAAUGAUUGAUGACCAAACAGUCCUCAACAUAGAAAAUGCUUACUUGUUCCCACUUGAAAGCGACCAAAUGGAUUAUGGAAGUGGACCAGCCAGCUUGGUAAGCCAUAUUGAGUGGAAACCUGACAUCGAUCUGAUAUCGCCGUCUUUGCUUCUGUCUACCCCACAGGGUAAUACCCAAAACGCAGAAAACGUGAAAGCAUUGGGACAAUUAUCCACACUUUAUAUUUUGGAGACAGCAGAUCAGAUUCGCAGUGUUGAUCCCUCGUCAACCACCAUGAUCAAAUGGAAGAAUUCCAUGCUGGUUGACGCUUCCGACAUCAAGACAAGAGCCCAAAAGCCGAUUUAUCCACAUGCAAGUGAUUGGGCUUACUUGGAUUCAGCCAGCAGGCAGAUGUUGAUUAAAGACAUUCUGGCUGAAAGCAAAUUUACCUUUGAUGCCCCACUUGCGCUUUGCAUGCAAACCAUCUAUGAAAACUGCAAGGACUUCGUCUCCGGGGCUAGUGAACCUUUAGAAGUUCUCAUGAAGAACAACCUAUUGCACGAUUAUCACGGUGCGCAUACGCAAUAUGCAGAUUGGAGUCCUUUCCUGUCAUUGCUGUCCCAUUCGAUACCAGGCAUGCGUGUCCUUGAGAUCGGCGCCGGAACAGGUUCUGCGACAGCGAUGGUCCUAGAGCAUCUAAGAACAAAACACGGAGUUCGACUGUAUGGAGAGUACGUUUUCACCGAUAUUUCAUCCGGAUUUAUGGCCGCUGCAAAGGAAAGGUUCUCCGAAGAGCAGUGCAUAGAGUAUAGAGUUCUCGACAUAACCUUAGACCCGAUGGAACAAGGGUUCGAUGCUCACAGCUUCGACUUGGUGAUUGCCUCUAAUGUCAUCCACGCCACUCCGAGUCUUCAGUCAUCACUUUGCCAUGUUCACAGCCUUCUUAAACGCACAGGCUGGUUCUUACUUCACGAAAUUUGUCCUGAGGUAUCGGUUGCACAGCUGACCAUGGGACCCUUUCCAGGCUGGUGGCUCGGUGAAGAUGAUGAUCGAGUCUACAAGCCUUGGGUCUCCCAAGCGAGGUGGCAUCGUGAGUUACAAUCAGCAGGAUUCAGCGGGGCCGACGUCACAGCCUACGAUAUUGAGCCCCCAUACAAUGUUGCGGCCAGCUAUAUCUCACGUCCCUUGUGCGACACACCUAUCGACCAUGAAAUCUGGUUACUUACAAAAAGUGCCACUCCGUCUCAAUGGAUAAACGCCGUUCAGUCGGCACUCGGCGACAACGGAUACACAACCAAUCUGACCACUCUGCACGAAGAACCACCCAAAGGCAAAUUCAUAAUCUGUCUAUUGGAUUCGGAAUGUGGUCCCACGCUCAAUAAACUUGAAGAUACAUAUCCUUUGCUUCAAAGUUAUGUAGAAAAAGCGGGGGAGUGCCAGAUUCUCUGGGUGACCGAAUCAACAACUCUCAGUUGUUCGAUGCCGCUACAUGGAUUAGUCCAUGGCUUUGCUCGCACCCUAAGGGCAGAGUUGCUACUUGACUUUUCUGUCCUUGAAGUCCCUUCGUGGGAUGGUUGCAACGCAAAUGCAGUGGCACAGGUCUGCGAGAAAAUUCAAAUUUCGAGAGCACAGUCUCUUCCAGACCCGGAGUAUGAAUUUGUGCUUGAUGGAGGGGAAACAAAAAUUGGCCGGUGCCACUGGACGCCACUGAUGGAAGAGCUUGCCAGCCCGCCUAUCCCGAAUGCACCUCGGAAGCUCGAUCUUACGGCAUAUGGAUUACUUGACACACUCCAGUGGAUUCAAAAGGAGCAAUUUGAGCUAGCUGCAGGGCACGUGGAAGUCCAGAUGGAAUAUGUCGGCUUGAAUUUCAAGGAUAUGAUGGUUUCCAUGGGCUUUUUCGGGAGCAAGGAAGACCUCGGUCUCGAAGGUAGUGGAAGCAUUCUUCGAGUCGGACCUGAAGUGGAAGGCUUCAGCGUCGGUGAUCGUGUUGUACUGAUGCAUCCCGGGGCGUUGGGAUCGAAGGUUAUAGUGCCGCAAGACACUUGCAUCCACCUUCCAGAGAGCCUGUCUAUGGCUGAUGCCGCAACGAUGCUGACAGCAUAUGUCACUGUGAUGUACUCACUCUUAGAAGUGGGCUGCCUCAAAAAGGGCCAGUCCGUCCUGAUCCAUUCUGCAUGUGGCGGUGUUGGUCUCGCCGCCGUUCAAGUAUGCCAGGCCGUUGGUGCUGAGAUAUAUGCCACUGUUGGUAACGAUGUGAAAGUGAGCUACCUGAUGGAGACUUAUGGCUUGGCACGAGACCGUAUUUACAACUCUCGCAACACUUCUUUCCAAGCGGACCUGAUGCACGCAACCGCAGGUCAGGGCGUGGAUAUCGUUCUUAACUCACUUUCUGGUAAUCUUCUCCAUGCAUCAUGGCAGUGUGUGGCCAAAUUCGGACGAAUGAUUGAGCUGGGCAAGAGGGACUUCAUCAGCCAUGGUGUUCUUGACAUGAGCACAUUUGAAUGUAAUCGCGCAUUUAUUGGUGUUGACCUUGCACAAGUUGGCAAAGAAGCGCCUGAAUCUCUUAAGAGCAUGUUGACAUUAUUCUCGGACUGGUAUCAUCGAGGUUCGAUCGGUCCUAUUCAUCCUGUCAAAGUAUUCGAAGCGGUGGAUAUUGUCAGUGCAUUCAGGUAUAUGCAAGCCGGUACCCAUAUGGGUAAGAUCCUUGUCCACCUGCCCACCAACUCUGAAACUUUGCCUCUCCCUGUUGUCAAAAAGUUCCCAUCCUUCCGAGCCGAUGCGAGUUACUUGCUAGUCGGUGGACUGGGUGGUAUUGGCCGAUAUGUGGCAUCAUGGUUAGUUGAACAGGGCGCUGGAGAGAUUGUGUUUUUAUCCCGGUCAGCUGGAAUAUCGAACGAUGAUCAGAAGUUCGUUCAUGAGCUGGAGACGCAAGGCUGUCAUGUCAUCUGCGCAGCAGGCGAUGUCACCAACAGAAAGGACGUGGAAGCGGCGGUCGAUAGACGAACUCGUCCUCUAGCUGGAGUGCUACAAAUGGCAAUUGAUCUCAAGGAUCGCCUCUUCUUGCAGAUGAGCUAUGAAGAGUGGGAAGCUGCAAUCGCCCCGAAACUUAUCGGCACCUGGAACCUGCACUGUGCUACGGAGCAGGACUCUCUUGACUUCUUCGUCGUGUUUGGAUCCAUAGCUGGUGUGUGCGGUAACACUGGGCAGGCAAAUUAUGCGGCCGCGACGACAUAUCUUGAAGCUCUUACACGAUAUCGGCGGCAAAGAGGUCUGCCUUCCUCCGUCUUGCACCUUGGAGUCGUUGGAGAUGUGGGCGUUGCUAGUCGCAAUGCCCGCUUCCUCCAAAGGGUACAGUCAAUCGCACUACAUGUGCUUAAUGAGAGUGAAGUUGUCGAUGCACUAGCAGCAGCUAUCAACAUAUCACCACCCAACUCUGCUAGUGCCUCAGGGUCGAUAGCCGUCGGACUUGCGCACACCAAACGCCGUUCCGAUCUCCCCAAGGAAAUAUUCUUGGGGGGACGGGAUGCUCGAUUUGCCAUUUAUCCCAACCUUGAAUCUACCGGCGGGGCGAUUGGGGGAGACAAAUCGAGUCAAGUCAACGCGCUAAAGGCCCUGCUAGCUGAAAUCCAGCGUGAUCCCUCGCUUACAGGGAAACAGGAAACUGAAAUCGCACUGAUCAAGGAACUCGGUCGCUUCGUGAGUCUGAAUCUCACGGGGCAGACUCAAGACCCAUCCCAGGAUAAUUCUGACGACACCAGCUAUAUUGAGGCUAUGGCAGAAAUUGCCGUGGACUCUCUGAUGGCAAUUGAAGUUCGAAACUGGCUGCGCAGGUCGCUGGGAGUGGAGAUUCCCACGGUGGAGAUCAACCGAGCGGGUACCUUGAGAGGCUUGGUGAAGAUUGUUUUGAAGGGCCUUGGGGAGAAGUAUGACCAAAGCCCUGUCUUGGAUACUGCUGCUGGCUAG